AUGACGUCUCCUUUACCGCCCUGCCCGGAAACUGGGGGAGGGCGGGUGCUAGGAGACGGGACGGAGGCCUGCGUGGAUUCCCUCGCGGCCUUGUCUCUUUCUCCAGACUUCCUCUUCAAAUUCCUCGUGAUCGGCAGCGCUGGGACGGGGAAGUCUUGCCUGCUCCACCAGUUCAUAGAGAACAAAUUCAAGCAGGAUUCCAACCACACCAUCGGAGUGGAGUUCGGAUCGAAGGUGGUGAAUGUGGGCGGCAAGACGGUGAAGCUCCAGAUCUGGGACACGGCCGGGCAGGAGCGCUUUAGGUCAGUAACGAGGAGCUACUAUCGGGGAGCAGCCGGUGCCCUCUUAGUCUAUGACAUCACCAGCAGAGAGACGUACAACGCCUUGACCAACUGGCUGACCGACGCCCGCACCUUGGCCAGCCCCAACAUCGUCAUCAUCCUCUGCGGGAACAAGAAGGACCUGGACGCCGACCGGGAAGUCACGUUCCUGGAGGCCUCGCGGUUUGCUCAGGAGAACGAGCUGAUGUUCCUCGAGACCAGUGCCUUGACCGGCGAGAACGUGGAGGAAGCCUUCUUGAAAUGUGCCCGGACCAUCCUGAACAAGAUCGAGUCAGGUGAGCUGGACCCCGAGAGGAUGGGCUCAGGCAUCCAGUACGGGGACGCCUCCUUGCUGGGGAAGCAUUGGGGGGGCAAAUCAGACUCUCUUCCCCCCCCCAUUGGUGCCCCUUCUCUCCUCCACAGGUGA